GGCGACCUGCCGCCCAAGUGGCACGUGGUUUCCUCUGACACGAUGGUGUGCAUGGAAACCGCGAAGAGUCUGCUGAGGCUCGACGCGCUGUCCGUCACGCCCGUGCCCUUCCUGCACACGGGGCUGCCAGCGGCGCUGUGCGACGGGGGCGGCGCGGCGCCCGGGGCGCUGCGGCGGCACGCCGAGGACCCCGAGUCUGGCGUCAGGGAGUACGGCCUGCAGGCGCUGUCCGAGGUGAUCAGGAGCCGCGGCGGCGGCGCGACCAUGGACGUCGUGAUCGUCAUCGGCCAUGCCGUAGCGCUGGCGGCCAUCGCGCUAGAGCUGGCAGAGCUGCGGCAGCUCAAGGCCACAGAGAUAUUGCUGGACGUGGAGCAGGGCGAGUGCACGGCGCUCAAGGUCUCCCAGUCCGAGGCCGCCUACCUCGGCGGCUCGGCGGGCGCCGAGAGCACCCGCGCGGCCCCGGCGGAGGAGUGA